GCAUCACAGUCUACAUGCACCUGACGCCACGUGCACGCGCACCGGGAGGACGACUGCGGCGUUGGUGCACGUGAAGCUGGUGGUGUAAACUGAGAAGGUCCGAGACCAAAAGGCGGCCAUGUCCCAGUCAGAGAAAGUUCUCCAUCUGUACCUGGAAGUGAGGUCAGCUUCUGAUCCAAAUGGAGGUAAGAAGACUUUUGGGGAAGAUGAAAAGGGUGCUCCUCUGGACCAUUCAGGACUUAAAGACAGCGCUGAGGAGCUCCUGUCCCAGCUCAGCAGGGGGACCACUUGUCAAACCUCCACUAGGUCCAGCGCUGCUCCUCAUCUGCUCCAAGAGCCUGGCGGUUCUCAGCUCCAGCCAGCAAGCAGUUCUUCUACCGUCACACAAUGCGAGAGUCAACACUAUGGCAUGAUUAUGUCCUCAAAGGUUGCCUCCACCAGCUUCAGGAAGGAGGUCCCUGAUGGGAAGAGUUCUGUAGUCACCUUUCGUUAUGUGCACAAGUCCAAUGUUAAGACUUUAGGCAGUCCUGCGUGUGAUCCCCACAGCCGACAGCAGAGUCCAGGCUCUUCUUGCAGCUCCAGUCCCAAGCUGACAUUCCCACCUUUAGGUUCUCCAGGAAGUCACCAGCAAAGGUUCUGCAACCUUCAUCUGGCAGCCACAGACCCUCUUGACCAGGCCGUGACACAAAGAGAUUUGGAGGAAUUUGGAUCACCUCUACUGAGAAUCAAACUGGCACAUGCGCUCCAGAACUCAUCGCAGUCACGGAACUAUCAUCCGACCCGCUGUCAGUCCUGGGCCGGGUCACCUGUCCAUGACUACCGCAAAGACAGCAGCAGGACGGGGCGGUUGCAGAACCCCCUUCACCGCUCAGUCAGGCUCACCCCUGAAAGACCUCCAGACAGGGCGGUUGUCCAUCCUGGUCAUAUCAUCGAAGGCCUAAACCAGUUAAGUGACGUCAGAAAAUGUUCUUCCUGCUGGUUACGUCCCAAAGAACCCCGAGCCUGGUCUCCAACUGGUUCAAGUGCACUGCAAAGCUUGAAGAUGAACAUUCCAGUCCCCAUUUCAGGGGGAGCCCUCCACCAACACAAGUGGCACAAAAGCUCAGCACCAGCGUCUCCGUCCCCCUUCCUUCCUGUGAGAGUCCACCGCCGCUCUCACCCCCCAACCGAGUUUAGUUCCCCCAUCAGGGACCCAGGACUGUCCUUGGCCAAGCUCCGUGCAGUAGAGAGCCCAACCCUGCAUCGCUGUCAGACGCCACAGUACGGUCGCGGGGACCAAAGGGGCGCAGGCUGCCGAGAAAGGGGGGCAUACAUGCAGCCAGCCUCUCAAGGCGUCUUCGGUCAGACGGUUGAGAGGGCACCAGUUGGCCAGACACUCAAAGAGGACUGGGGGAGCCUUCCAGGCCCAAGCCUCAUCCUUGCAGGUGAGCAAACUUGUGAUUAUUCACCUCUGAGCCUAACAACAAUGAACAAGCAAUCUGAGCAGAGAAGGAGAGAACGACUCCUUCUGGGACCAGUGGUCCCCGAUUCUCCUGAUGAGGAUGAAGAAUGUGAUGAGAAAGAGGAGCAGCAGACAGGCCCGUCGGGAUCAGACUGCCCUCCGGAAGCCAUGGGAGGAUCCUCACGAAGCUCCAGUGGGGUGACGGGCAGUUUGGGGGAUCAGGACUGUGCAUCACCUGAGUCGCUUCAAUCCAGCCACCAAGGCAAUGAAACCAUGGCCACCACGUCUGGGAUACAGACAGACAAUGUGUCGCCCGUCCCGUCGCUGCACUGUCAAAAAAUCGCCCGCGCCAAGUGGGAGUUUCUCUUUGGACCUGAAGAGGGUGUCAGCAGCGGACCCAAAAACUUUCUGGAAGCUUCCACAGCGCCGCCAAGUGGAAACUCCAGUGAGUCGCCCACUCCGACCCCCACCUCCUCCCUACUGCCGCUCACUGCUAAUCAGGAAGUUCAACAUGUGGAGGUGGAAUUGGUGACCACCCCUCCCACCGCAAUCGGGAUGUCCCCCAAAACGGGCAUUAUACGUCGGACCCUGAAGUACUCUGAGACGGACCUGGACGCCGUCCCACUGCGCUGUUACCGUGAGACCGACAUCGAUGAGGUGCUGCUGGCUGAGCAAGAUGAUGCCGACUCAGCUUUUGGGAGUAACCGCAGUGUGCAGGGGGUGGGCAGGAGUCCUCUCGGGGGAGUGGCCUGUCAUAGACGACAUGAGGAUGAGGAGCAUGAAGAUGAAGGCGACCUUGAAAGAGAAGAGGAGGAGGAGGUAGUGAGCUGGGCCAGUGUAAGGAUGCAAGGAGAUGACAGGAGACAAAAGUACGCAGCUCAGGAAGAACUGGACCGCUUCCGAGACUUCAAGAGACCAGCAGAGACUUUCUUUGACAAACAUCAUCCAGCGCUCAAAUCCCCCAUCUUGGUUCCGGGUCCUCGCUCUGGGGCCGAUGACACCUUCAGCCUGCAUUUUGAGAGCAUCAUGGAGUCCCAUUGCGCUAAGGGGACUUCCUACGACAGCCUGGAGCUCCAGGAUCUGCUCACCUCCAACGUCCAAGCUGUGCCCUCAUUCAUGCCCGCCGUGCGCAAGACCCACUCCGCCAGCGCACGCCACAUUGUCCAACUCAGCUUUGCCCCUUUGGCCCCGCAAGAGAGACCCACCCUCUCAGAUUCCAUCAUCACAGUGAUGGCCGACUCGGACGCCACCCGAGCACCCUCCAGUGAAAGGCUGAGCAGCGCCUCAGAGGACACGCCCCCUAGGAGGCGGGACUACUCUCAGCUGGGGAGCAGCUGGUCUAGCCUGGUGCCCUCCCCCUCGUUGUCAAGCAGGGACCAGCAGGUGGCGCAGUGGGACCACCACCUCAGCGCCGACACGCUCACCAACGCCAGCCACCUCGCCAACAUGGCCGCCGCCAAACGCUUGGCCAAGAGACUCUUCGACUUGGAUGGCUUCCGCAGGUGUGACGUGUCGCGGCAGCUCGGCAAGAACAACGACUUCAGCCGCUUGGUGGCCGACCAGUUCCUCGCUCUCUUGGACUUCUCACACCUCCGCCUAGACCGGGCUCUCAGAAGCUUCCUGAAGCAGGUGGUCAUCAUGGGAGAGUGUCAGGAGAGAGAAAUGCUGCUUUGUCAUUUUUCUCGACGUUAUAUGCUGUGCAACCCAACUAUGUUCACCACAGACGAUGCCGUGCACACGCUCACGUGCGCGCUCAUGCUGCUCAACACUGACCUGCAUGGACCACUAGCAGCAUGUGAAAGAAGUGUGUUUGCUGGUCAGCACGUAGGCAGGAAGAUGUCAUGUCAGCAGUUUGUUGGCAACCUGCAAGGACUGAACGAUGGGCAGGACUUCCCCAAAGACCUCCUCCAGGUGAGUGCACCUCCUCCAGGUAAGUGCACCUCCUCCAGGUGAGUGCACCUCCUCCAGGUGAGUGCACCUCCUCCAGGUGAGUGCACCUCCUCCAGGUGAGUGCACCUCCCUGCUGCUAUUGACAGCAAAUGAUGUGAAACAUACAUGUCACCUCAGCUUUCCUCUACUUAAGUGUACUAAGGCACACUUAAGCAUAUUUGCAUAAGUACACAUAAGCAGCCUUAAGUGUACUUUAAACUUACUUAAAUGUACUUUAAGAAUAAUUAAGUGUACUUUAAGCAUACUUAAGUGUACUUCAAGCAUACCUAAGUUUACUUUAAGAAUAUUUAAGUGUAAUUAAGCAUGUUUAAGCCUACUUAGGUGUAUUUUAAGCAUAGUUAGCAUACUUAAGCGUACUUAAGCAUACUUAUGUGUACUUCAAGCAUACUUAAGUGUCCUCAAGUGUACUUUAAGCAUAGUUAGGCAUACUUUAAGAAUACUUAAAUGUACUUUAAGAAUAAUUAAGCGUACUUAAGUGUACUUAAGCAUACUUAGGUGUAUUUUAAGCAUAAUUAAGCAUACUUUGGGUACACUUUAAGUGUACUUGACUGCACUUAAGCAUUACUUAGUGUACUUAAGCACACUUAAGUGUACUUUAAGCAUACAUAAGUGCGAUUAAGCGUACUUAGGUGUACUUUGAGCAUAAUUGAGCAUACCUUAAGAAUACUUAAAUGUACUUUAAGCAUACUUAUGUGUACUUUAAGAAUACCUAAGUGUACCUAAAAGUGUGUACAAGCACUCUUUUGUUGCCCUGGUCUUUCAUCUGUUGUCCAAAAUGUCGGCCAUUGUAGCCUGCUAGCUCGUUAGCUUCCCUCUGAUGUGACCUCACGUCAUGUGACCUCACGUCAUGUGACCUCACGUCAUGUGACCUCACGUCAUGUGACCUCACGGCUGGUCUGCAGACGAUAAACACCUCAUUGAACUAGCAGCCUUGUUAGCUUCCAAUCAGGAAGAAACAGGAAGUAGUGUCGCUGCUCAGACAGGAAGUGCAUCCUGCCUGCAAUGUCACUCUUUCACUCCUGCUGCUCACCAGAGAAGAGAGAGAGAGAGAGAGAGAGAGAGAGAGAGAGAGAG